UUAGUUACACUUGACCAGCCCGUUGCCGUAACGCACCGUUUUGAUAUUAGGGUUGAGCCCCUCUUCUCUUCAUCUCGGCCAUUCGAGAUCGUCCCCGACCUGACUUCCGUUGAUUCUUCUUCUUCCGAACAAUCAGAAGAGUUACCAGUUACAGAUCAACUAAGUCCUUCUUAAAUUCGUCACCCACGAUCCACCUUCAAUGCGAUCUUCACACAUGCAAAGAGGUGGAACUGCGACUAUAGAGGACGGAAUAAUGCUCCUCCACCGUUCAAGUGCGAUUGCUCCGUUUUUGGGAGGCCAUGAACGUCAGAGGCGGUAUUGAACUCAUGGAGUGGAUAAGCUGCUACUGGAUUCACAGGUUUAACGUCAGUGAAGGUUCUGAAAAUCUGACAGAUAUGAUCUUCAUCAGUAAUCGUAUGUCUAUGUCGUUUAGCGUUGUUUGGUUUUCGAUUCAUCUUCUCUUAGGCGUUAAAACUUGCAUUGAUUCAUGUCAUUAGCAAAGUCUUAUCUAUUUCGAGCCACUGAACCAUGAUAGCUCAUUCAGUUACUCUUAUCCCUCAUCCAAUCAGUGAAUCUCCACUUAUAAAAAACGUAAGCCUCAUCCCUUGAAAAUCAUUUUCACAUUCCAAUAGCCAUAGAAAUUUCUCAGUAUAAAUUUUUUAUAUGGAUUGGCUCCGACUAAGGUGUUUCGAAAAGGUUAGUGGAGGAGACGGUGGUGGUGGUAGCCAAUAUCAUGACGGCACUGAAACUGAUAGGAAGAAGAAAUCGUCACACCGCUCAACAGAUUCAACGACUUGAAUCGAGUUUCAAGGAGUGUGCUCAUCCAGAUGAUAAGCAGAGGAACCAACUUAGCAGAGAAUUGGGUUUGGCUCCAAGACAAACCAAGUUUUGUUCCAGAACAGAAGAACAGAAGAACUCAGCUUAAGGCGCAACAUGAGAGAGCAGAUAACAAUGCACUAAAGGCAGAGAACGACAAGAUUCGAUGUGAGAACAAAGCCAUUAGAGAAGCACUCAAGCAUGCUAUAUGCCUUAACUGUGGAGGUCCUCCCGUUAGUGAAGAUCCUUACUUCGAUGAGCAUAAGCUCCGGAUCGAAAAUGCACAUUUUAGAGACGAGCUUAAAAGAAUGUCAACGGUUGCACCAAAUUACAUGGGAAGACCAAUCUCCUCCCACCUCUCAACGCUACACCCAAUGCACAUCUCACCGUUGGAUCUGUCCAUGGCUGGUGCUUCACUGGAUUUUGAUCUUCUUCCAGGGAGUUAUAUGCAUUAUCAGCCUAAUAACUUGGCUACUAUAUCAGACAUGGACAAGCCUCUUAUGAACGACAUUGCUUUGACUGCGAUGGAAGAAUUGCUUAGGCUUUUUUAAUACAAACAAACCUCUCUGGACUACAGCUGAUUGUGGCGGCGGCAGAGGCGUUCUCAACUUGAUGCUCAGGUUUAUAUGUUUGCAGAGUUUGACUAUGAAACCGGUGGUGGUCAAUGCUUCCUCAGUAAGUAAGAUGCUCAAAUAAUAGGCUGUUAGUUCCGAUCAUGAAAAGCAACAAAAUCGUGGACUUUAGAUUCUCAAUGGUGAAUGUAUAAUAGUAUUUAACUUUGGAAGAUUAUACAUAGACUGUCUCAGAUUUUUGAAGAAUGAUACAAUCAGUUUAUGGUUA